AUGGCAGAGUACUUGGUAACUGGAGGGACAAGCUUUAUAGCCUCACAUGUUGUAAAGGCACUUCUCGACUUGGACCAUUUCGUAAGAACAAUUGUUAGAGACUCCUCAGACGAAGAGAAGGUUAGGUUUUUGUGGGAGUUGCAAGGAGCAAAAGAAAGAUUGAAGAUUUUCGAAGCCGAUCUAACGGUGGAGGGAAGCUUUGACGAGGCAGUCAAAGGUGUUGACGGAGUCUUCCACAUCGCCUCUCGGGUUUCUGUCUCUCUAGAAGACAAUGAUCUGGAAGAUGUGGUAAAUCGCGAUAUAUAUGGAACAAGAAAUUUGAUGAGCUCUUGUGAAAAAUCAAGAAACACUGUGAAAAGGAUUGUUCUCACUUCUUCUUCAACCUCGGUCCGGUACUCUUAUGAUGCCACAAAAGCGUCUCCACUUAACGAGUCACACUGGAGCGAUCUCGACUACUGUAGAAGCUUCAAAAUUUGGUAUGGUUAUGCAAAGACUCUAGCGGAGAAAGAAGCUUGGAUAAUUGCAGCCGAAAAGAAUCUAAACCUAGUGGUCGUAAUCCCCACAUUUUGCAUCGGUCCAAUACUUAGUCCAAAACCCACAAGCUCCCCUUCAAUUUUUCUGUCCAUAAGCAAAGGUGUUCGUGGAGAAUACCCAAAUUUCCGAGGAGGGUUUGUGCACAUAGAUGAUGUAGCCGCUGCACAAAUGUUAGCGAUGGAAGACCCUAAAGCAUCAGGAAGAAUCAUAUGUUCAUCGAGUUCAGUGGCUCAUUGGUCAGAGAUCAUUGAGAUGCUAAGACCAAAAUACCCACAAUAUCCAUUUGAAACCAAGUGCGGUAGUGAAGAAGGGAGAAAUAUGCCUCAUAGCAUGGACACAACAAAGAUGAUGCAUCUUAUGUUGAUCUUGUUUAAGUUUAUUUAA